AUGCCUGCCCCUACAGCGUUGCAACGCGCACCAGAAUCUCUCACUGAGGAUGUCCGGAACGCUCACGAAAUCGCCCUCCCGCCCUCCAGCGCCGAUGGAAACAUCGACGAAGAAAUUAUAACGACCGAAACACAAACUCUACCAGAAGAACCCUCGGAAGACGACUCGAUGCAGAUAGACGAAGAAGGGCGACCGCGCUUCGGCCCUCUGUCGAUAUCCUCACAACAACAACCCGACUCCUCAACAGCGCUACGAAUACAAUCUCGAAAAGUCCUCAUCCCACCGCACCGCAUGUCACCACUGAAGAACAGCUGGUCAAAGAUCUACCCACCGCUGGUCGAGCACCUGAAACUCCAGGUGCGAAUGAACAUAAAAUCCAAAGCGGUGGAGCUGCGCACAUCGAAAUUUACCACCGACGCCGGGGCGCUGCAGAAGGGCGAAGAUUUCGUCAAGGCGUUCACACUGGGAUUCGACGUCGACGACGCCAUUGCCUUGCUGCGACUAGACGACUUGUACAUUGAGACCUUCGAGAUCAAGGACGUAAAGACCCUACAAGGCGAGCACUUGGGCCGAGCCAUUGGUCGCAUAGCCGGCAAGGACGGCAAGACCAAGUUUGCGAUCGAAAACACGAGCAAGACGAGGGUGGUGUUGGCGGACAGCAAAAUCCACAUCCUGGGCGGAUUUCAGAAUAUAAGAAUCGCCCGGGAAGCCGUCGUCAGUUUGAUUUUGGGGGCUCCGCCGGGCAAGGUCUAUGGGAACUUGAGGACGGUGGCAAGUCGCAUGAAGGAGAGGUUUUAA